AUGAAGAUCACUGCAAUCAUCACCACUCUGGUGGCCAGUGCUACUGCCUUUGACAAAUGGCAGCCAUGGGGAAAGCGUGAUUACUCCUGUCUGAACGUCUACCAAGGAAUCCCAGAUAAUUCGACCCUAUCUCCUGGUCAAACGGUGUCUAUCCACUUCAAUCGUGCGCCCACGACACACUGCCCUGACCCGCUGGCAAAAUACCCGACUGGCACGUAUGGGGUGUGGCUGUACAACAACCCCGUGCGACACCUGGACACCAUUUCAUUUGCACAGACUAUUAAGAUUGUGCAGGGGGUAAAGGGUACAUCUGGGCGUAUUGAUGUAAAGAUUCCCGAGAAAUUGCCGGCGGUUCAGGAAGGGAGUCUUUGGUAUUUACGGUUGGAUUCUUCUUUGGAUACAGCGCCACAGAUGCCUACUGUAUUUAACGCUGCUGGGCCGUUUAGUAUUAUCGCUUAG